CACCGGUUCCACGCUCGGCGGCGCUGUUCAGUUCAAGGUUUCCCAUUACGGAGAGUUCAAGGCACGAAUCGCGCGUGCGGUGCUCCGUCCGUCCGUCCGUCAAGUAUCGGUGUCUGCGCGCGCCGUCCGACCGCCCCGGGAAAACCGCGUACCGUUUUCGUUUUUCUUCGCCGCACGCAUCCAACGGCCGGUGGGCUCGCACCCUCGUCGCCUAUUCGCCCGCGCUCGGCCGUCGUUUUUCCCGCGGUUUUCACCCGAUUUUUCUCCUCUCUCUCUCUCUCUCUCUCUCUCUCUCUCUCUCACCGGCGCGCGCGUUUCCUACUCUUCCGCUUUCACGACUCUCGACACGCGAGCCCAGGCGCGCGUCGCCCGGUCCACCGGUGGUCAUUCUCUUACCGCACGCCGAACGCGCGGCACACGGUCCGCGAUAAGUGCGCUCCCGACGACGAAUCGAAAACAUUGUUUCGCUGCGCGACCGCGUCCUCCGCCGCGCUUUUGAUCUCGUCGCAUGAAAACAAAACAAAACCGUAUCGGCGACGAUUCGCGGGAAUAGCGACGGAACGAAAGAAAAAAAAGAGAAACAAAAGAAAACGAAAAAUGUACAAAAUCACGUGAAAUCCACCGCCGCCGCACAAUCGUUGUUGUACAGAUCGCGGAUCCUCUUAAAAUAUCAACACGUUACAGCGGUGUGGUCGCGCCGAGGUGUGCGAUUCCUUCCGAUUGAAUACGAAAAUUGGAGCACGGUGACUGAAUGAAACCUCAGUAUGUCUCAGGAUCACUUGACCGCUCUUCGGCUGCUGUCGUACUAUUGGUUGACCAUCAUCAUGCCAUCCAACACUUUGACUUUUAAUGUCGCCUACAACAAAGAGCCGUCAUCAUCGUCAUCGUUUCAGUCGUCCGCUUUCUAUCAGGCGAGUAGAAAGUUUGGCGGCUACCGGAUAGUACCGCGGGCCUGUAAGGACGCGUUGGUUGAUACGUCGUAUAAGAACGAUGUGGAGACCGGCAGCGGCGUGUGCAUGUUCAACUACGAGUGCACUCAAUUGGGCGGCACAGUGGUCGGUUCGUGCGUGGACGUGUUCCUGUUCGGCGCUUGUUGCCGGCUACCGGCCGGCGUCAAAGUCCCUACGGUCGAGCACAGCGGCUCCGCGACCGCGGCAGCGGCCACCACGACCACUGGCCGCCAGCCGCCCAGUUGGUCGUACAGCGAGCAGCCGCCGCUGUCGUUCCAGCAGCCGGUGGCCGACACCAUACUGUUCCAUCGGAACGGGUCGGCCGUGCAGAACACGUACAGCCCGGACGACAUGUCCGCCGACCUGUUGGCCAACUCGAGCGCGGCUCUGCACGCCAACCGCCGACCACCGGCGGACAUGACGGACGUGGUCACGGAGCAGCAGUACACCACGUCGUCAGCGGACGGCCAACACUACCACCGGCCGCCGUUCGCCGGCUCCAAGAUCACGUCCAAAGUCGACUACGGCGACGGCAGCGGCGGCUCGGCCACCACGGUCAAGCAGACAUCGCCGUGGUCGUCGUGGCCGUCCUCGUCGCCCGUGUCUAAGUCGACGGACUCUGUGCCGAACAUACGCAAGACCACGCCGUCCGGGACCUCGGUACAGGCUACCACGUCCAAACAGGGCUACGGGGGCUACGUGCACGCCGCGCCGGACGACUACUACGACAACAUGGUGCUAGUGCCUACGUUGACGGUGCAGAACGACCCGAACGUCAAGACGCCGGUGGAAAAUAACUCAAUACAUCACAUACUUUCAAUACUGAACCAUACGCCCCCGACGGAUGCCGACCAGCAUGACGUGCUGCAUGACCGGUACCAGGACCAAGAACACGACCCGAUGGAAACAUCCCCGUCGUACCAACACACUAGUGGCGCGACGCCAUCGCAGUCGUCGUCACCGGCUUUGUACACGUGGGGCUCGAUCGAGAGCGACACCAAGUCGCCGGGCUACGGCGGCUCGUCCACUUUCCCGUCCACCAAGCCGUCCACCGCGCACCAUUCAUCCCCGUACUAUACGCAGCAGACGUCCACCACGUCCGCCGGCUACUACGGGUCUUCGCCGACCUCCACGUCCACGUCCACGCACCAUCUACCGGGUCCGCACUUCCACGUACUGUCCACCACAAGCAAGCCAGCUGCUCUCGAUUCUGCCGUUCCCACCGUCAUCGUACUUAGCUCGGCCAACGAUUCCAAGUAUCCCAACAACAAGUUCUCUACGUCCUCGUUGUCGUCGUCGUACCGGCCUACGCCGUCGUCGCACGUCAAACCGUCGCAGAGCAUAGUCGUAUCCGGGAAACCGUCCAUCAGCGCCGCGUACACGGCCACUUAUCACCAUCCCGUGCAGCAUCACCAUCAGCAGCAUCAAGAGCAGCAAAAUAUAGCUUUCGUGCCGGUCAGCUCGACCACGCUGGCCGACCACUAUCACAACACCAACCACCACGGCGUCGUGCAUACGUCGGCCAAGCCGUUGCUGUCCACCUAUGGCAGCCGGCCACCGUCCACGACCACGGUCUUGCCGACGUUCAGCAGCACGGUGCACCAUGACAACAAUGUGUUCACCACAGUGAUCACGUCGGUGAACCAACAAUACCAUAACAAAUACCAGCCGACGAGCACGUUCACCACGGCCAAGCCGGUGCUGAACGACGCGGGCACAGCAGCGAUCCUAUCACCGUCCGGUAGCUACAAGCCCACCGCCUCGGCCGUGGACGACGAUUACCCGUCGCCGGUCGUCACGCCGGCCACGCAGGUGUUCAUCACCGCGUCCGACCUGCACCAUCAUCACCAUCACCUGCAGCAUCAUACGUCGUCGUCCUCGUACCCAUCCACGUCGUCGUCCGCGGUUGCCGCCGAUGACGAUGCCACCACUUUGCCAUUCAAUUCCACUGACACGUUCGCGUUCCCGCCUGUGCGCGAUCCAAACGUGAACCUGACCGCGGCCACGCAACAGGAGAAACCGUACGUGGUGCCCGGCAGCAGCGGCGGCAUCGGUGGUGGCGGUGGCAGUGGCGUAGGUGGCGGUGACGAUUACGACACGGACGCCGAUCCUAACCCGCAGCUGACGGGCGACGACAACCUGGACGACAAAGUGCACCUUUUCGUCGAAAAGGUCGUGCAAUCGUUACAGGGAAAUUUUGAGGACUUGGAGAAGGUGCUGCUGUCUGGCGACACGUCGUCGUCUAACGUGUCCAUCGGCACGUUCGACGAUCCGGUGCCCACCGCCACCGGAUGGCCGAACAAGAAGCCGACCACCGCGCCGGCCACCACGACCAAGAAACCGUCCAAGCCGACGGCCGGUAAGCCUACCAAGCCGCCACCGAACAAGGUGACGGUCACUAGCACGUACAAGCCGACGCCGAUUACGUUGCCGCUGGACGCCGCGCCGUACCUGGAGCUCACGUCCACGAUCCGGCCCACCAAGAUACCCACUCUGCUCACACCUGUCCAGCUGUUCCAGCCCACCACGUACGCCACGGACAACAAACGGCCUACCAAGCAGCCGGUAAAAGUGACGCAAGCCACCACGGUCGUGCUGGACACGUUGAACGUGGAACACGACCAUACCACCGCCGAGCCGGACUACAGAAAAACGUGCGGAGUGCGACCUUUGGUGAGGAAAAACGGUCGGAUUGUCGGCGGAACGGGAUCGACGUUCGGCGAAUGGCCGUGGCAGGUGUUGGUGAGGGAAGCCACGUGGUUGGGGCUGUUCACCAAGAACAAGUGCGGAGGCGUGUUGAUCACUCAACGGCACGUCAUCACGGCAGCUCACUGUCAACCCGGAUUCCUGGCGAACCUGGUGGCCGUGUUCGGCGAGUAUGACAUCAGCGGUGAGGUGGAAUCCAAGCGAAGCAUCAGCAAGAACGUGAAACGCGUGAUCGUGCACCGGCAAUACGACGCGGCCACGUUCGAGAAUGACAUAGCCCUGCUGGAACUCGAGUCGCCCGUCAGUUACGACUUACACAUCGUGCCCAUAUGUAUGCCGGAUGACGAUGACGAGUUCACGGGACGUAUGGCUGUUGUGACGGGAUGGGGACGGUUGAAGUACGGAGGAGGAGUUCCCAGUAUUUUGCAAGAAGUGCAAGUUCCUAUUAUCGAAAAUCAAGUGUGUCAGGACAUGUUUGAGACGGCUGGACACUCAAAAACCAUCCUAAAUAGUUUCUUGUGCGCCGGUUACGCCAACGGACAGAGAGACUCUUGCGAGGGCGACAGCGGUGGACCGCUGAUGAUCGAGAAGGACAACGGCCGCUGGACGCUGAUCGGCACCGUGUCGCACGGCAUCAAAUGCGCCGCGCCCUAUCUGCCGGGCGUGUACAUGAGGACUACGUACUACAAACCGUGGCUUCAGACCAUCACGGGCGUGCAGUAGACGCGCACCGACGACAAUACGCGAUCGUAAGAGCGCGCAAUGCCGUAAGCGAACAUUCAAGGAAAAAGGUUCGGGAAACGUAAAACGCUGUGUACGACGUGACGAAAAUUUAACGUAAAAUAUUGCGCGUUAUUAUUAAAAUUGCUUUUAUUUUAAUUUUUUAUCGUCACUCGAAAGUAAAUUGUUUUAAACUCAUAGCUCGAGCGUUUCUACGGACCCGGAUUCCCACCGCCCUUUUUCUAGGUCGACUUUCCCGGCCUAUGG